AUCAUGUGAUUAAAGAUGGUUGACUAUCGUCGAGUUUAUUUUUUGUUACAAUAAUAUCUCACUCAAUGACAAUCAUGAGUAACCAGAUUUACAAUGUACCAGGAAUUCCGCCAGAUUUGAGACAAGAAGAAACAAUUUUACAGGUGGCAGACGCGCUUCAAUAUCUCGAUAAGGUAGCAGACGACAUUUUCAACAGAAUACGUAAGAAGGUCGACGACAACACUAGUCGAUUACAGACGGUAAAUGACAGAGUCAGACUAACACAGGCCAAGGUUGACAAAUUAACUGGCAGUAACAAAGCCACUAAAGUUCAUGCUGGUGCUAAAUAUCCUGCGAGUGCUAGUCUGGAUCAAUACUCGAGUCUGUUUGAUAAAGGUGGAAGUUUAAAAGAACCAAAACGUCCUCAUUACAGACUACAAAGUAAACAUCAAAAUGUAGAUGACACCGUUCUGCGUGAAAAGUUACAGUAUUAUAAUUUUCAUCUUAAUGUUAAGAAACGUAGCCGUGAUGGUGACAACAAGGAAGAAGGUUUGGGCGGUUUACCGAAAGUGUUACCAUCCGUUUGUUCCUUGCUAUUGUUUAACACCUCAGAAAAUCCCUAUAAAAAGUAUGUAAUGUUAGAUCCUUUAGGUGUAGUUACAAAGACUCGAUCAACUUUAGAAUAUGAAGAAGCAGGCCUGGCCGAUGCUCCUAGUACCAUUGUACAAAGUGAAGAAAUGCUACAACAAAAAACAGAAAGUUAUUCUUACAUGCCAGAUAUUGGACAUGUUCCUGAAAUAGCUGUUCCAGACUUUUUACCCAAUUUAUUAGGAGUGGCUGAUGAUUUGUCUUUUACUGGAGACACUGUUUUCUCUAUAGCUCCAUCUGUUCAUGGUAGUGGAAUGCCAGAUUUACCUACGGUGUUACCUGAACCGGAUACAGGCCUUCCAACUGGUCCGGCUGAUUCUACACUUAAUGCUUCAUCAGGGCUUCCACCACCUGACAUUGCCCCAGGUGGACCCCCACCACCUCCUCCUCCCCCAUCUGGUCCCCCACCUCCUCCUCCACCACCCCCACCUCCUACUGAUGCCCCAAGUGCCCCACCUCCCCCUCCCCCUGGACCUGCACCACCAAUUAAGAUGGAGAAUGUACCAGCUGAAGUAGCGGCCCCAGCAGAUGGUAGAGCUAGUUUGCUUGACUCAAUCAGAAAUGCUGGUGGAUUAAAGAAACUGAAAAGUGGCAAAGACAGAAAAAUUGCUAAAAAGAAGCAAAAAAUGGAAGAAAAGGAUGUUGGAGGUGUGAGUGCUGGUGGAGGCGGGGGUGGAGAUUUGAUGAGUGAUUUAUUUGCCAAAUUAACAAUGAGAAGAAAGGGAAUAUCAGGAACUGGGAAACCUGAAAAAUCUGACAAUUCUGGAAGCAGUGGUGGUGGUGGUUCUGCCAUGGAUAAAAUAUCAUCUAUGAUACCAGCUCCCCCAAAACCUGAUGAUGCUACUGAAAGUGGUGGUGGUGAUGAUGAUGGUGAUUGGGAAUAAAUUAUUCUUAUUUUUUGACUUUAUAUAUAAUUAUGGUUUAUGAUUAUGCACUGUAUAAUUUUCUUAGUGAUUUUCAUGACAGAGAAUUUUACUGGUAAUUGAAAUUAUGAAAAUUUAUUUGAAAACAAGUAUGAUAUAUAUUUGUGUAGAAAUACUUAAUAAAUGCCCACUCAUUAAACAAGAUGGUCCACCUAAAUCUUCAUUCUAACAAUAGAUAGAAAAUGACAGCAGCUACUAGAAUCAAUUUUAAAACCUUUUUAUAGAUGCUUGUUCAAAGGCCACAUUAACUUAAAGAUUGCGUUCAUGACAUCGAAACUAGGAAUUUUAAAUACAUACACGACUAACAACUAAUUUUGACAAACAAAAUAAACAAAUUUGACCAAAUAAAGAUUGUGUUCUUGACAUCAAUAGUGGAAAAAGAACUAGUAGUCGUUAAUAUGAAAGGGUUAAGACUAAUAGUUAAUUUCAAUACCCAAAAUAAACAAGGUUUACUAAUUUACAUGAGCUUGGAGCAUGCCAUAUUGAAAGAUCUAACAGUUUUCAUGAUGUCACUACAAUAUUAUUUAAUAAAGAGUAAGGUUCAAAUAGUUACAUCUAGAAUCUUACUGGUUGAUUCGAGUAGCUGUUAUUAUUAACUAUAUUUAGUUAGACUAGAGAAACAGAGAGAUUGUCUCUAUUAAAUUGUUGUUUUCAUAACACACUCAACUAUAUCUAUCACAACAACAACAUUAAAAUUUAAUUCAGAUCACUGCAUAUAGAAUUGUUAUUAUAUCAUAUUAUAUUCAUUAUUAAAUGUCACGAAUAUGUUUUAUUCAUGUAUUCUGUUAAAUAAAAUCAUUGUUAUACAUGUACAUGCGAAGACCUCUUUUGUUGAGAAACAUUAGUCUGUAGAUUCUGGUCAAUAUAAUUGAGUCUAAAAGAGGGAAGAAGCUUUUAUUCUUUUUCACUUUCUUGUUGCAAGAUUACUGAAAUGACAUUAAAAUCCCACAUA